AUGGAUAUUAGUACUUCGGAGGUCGGACGUUCGACGGGAUCUACAGGGGUUCGAUCGUCUACGACGCUAAGCAACACGAGCGUAUCAGCUGGAUCGGGUAAUGUGGAGCCGACGCCCAUAGCAACGAUGUUCGAGCACAUUCUGGCUUCUCUGGCACGGUUCGAAACGCGAAUGGAUGAUUUUGAUCGUCGAUUGGUUCCGCCGCGUUCGGGUACGACCCAUAGCCUGGGUCUUCCUUCGCAUUGGUUUACCGACGCUCUGCCGAAAUCGCUUCCGAAUUCAAUUCCUACGCAGUCAGUGGUGACCAGUAUACCGCCUCCUCCGCGUUCAUCGUGGGAGCAGUCGGGGUCAGGGACGGGAAUUGGUGGAGGAAACCUCACAGUCAGUUCUGCCUUGCCGCCGUUUUCCAUGCCGAGUUUGUUGGGAAGUUUUGGGUCUGGUUCGCAGGCUAGUACGGGCCCGCUGACAUCGUGGGAUCCUCCGGGGUUCACGCAGGGGGUAACGCUGCCGUCGGGACGUCAGCAGACUUCGUGGGACAACCCCGAUGUGGCACAAUCAAGGAGGUCAGCGAGCAUGGGAACAGCCGCGGGAUGUCAAGAUGAAACCACCGCGCUUCAAUGGCUCAGACGCUGUGAACUGGAUUGCUCGGUCCAGUAUUAUUUCGAUCACCUUAUGAUGCCGGAGGCCUACCGCCUUCAUUAUGCAGUGAUGCUUUUUGAACAACAAGCAGCAGAGUGGGUGUUUAAUUAUCGUGCCAGCAACCCGAUUGUACUUUGGCACGACUUCUUGGAGGACGUGCGGCGACAUUUUGACCCGCAGAGUUUUGAGGAUUAUUUGGGCUUGAUUGCUAAACUGGUACAGACGGGUUCCCUAGCGGACUACAACGCGACCUUUGAGUCGAUGCGGAACCGAAUCCCCAAUAUCCCAGAGUCUACUUUUCUACCCAUUUAUAUCGCCGGACUCCAGCAACCGGUUCAAAGUCAGGUCAAGCAUAGCCACCCGCGAUCAGUAGCGGCGGCGAUGGCAUUCGCCAUUGAGUUCGAUUGCAGUGUCGAAAAGCCAGCGGCACAACCGGGACCUCAGCGCCGAAAUUGGCCUCCCAGGGACCAAAAAGGAACCCCAGCGGCGGGUCCUCAGCAGCCCCAAUCGCAGGUAGCAACAAGACCGGUUUACGCUAGGGGUCCCGACUAUUCUAAGUUGCCGGUCAUCCACUUGACGGCGGCACAGCGGGCAGAUCGCACCCGUCGCGGGUUGUGUGUGUAUUGCGAGGAGAAAUGGGUGCAAGGGCAUGCUUGCAAACGACCUUUUUUGGCUUAUAUGGGUGCGGAGGAUGGUGAGGAGACGGAAGAGACAGACAUGCCCACGGAGCAUCAGGAGCCGAAGGUGAUCACGACUGACCUCUCCCACAUAUAUGCUAUGGAAGGGCGUCAGCGGCCUGAGGCUAUGGAAUUCAAGGGGACGAUUGGCGCCAACCAGGUGGUUAUUUUGGUGGAUACAGGUAGUUCCCAUGACUUUUUGCAUCCUCGUGUGGCGCAGAAAUUGUCGCUUCCCUUAACUGCGAUUAAACCGUUCCGUGUCUAUGUGGGUAAUGGCGAGUCACUGGUUUGCUCACACGCUAGCUUGCAGACCCGUGUUGUGAUUCAGUCGCAGAUAUUUUUGAUUGACUUACAUAUACUCCCUGUUCAUGGACUGGAUGUAAUACUCGGAUUGGCAUGGCUGAAAUCGUUGAGGCGGGUGACGAGUGAUUUUGUAGACGGAACUUUGGAGUUUAUACGCAAUGGGAUUCCGAUACGCUUGAAGGUAGCUGCUCCACUUGUCCAGCCAGCCUCUCUCAAGGUGGUUGCGCGGUUGCUGACUUUGAAGGGAGCGGCGGAGUUAUUUGAGAUGGUCACGGUGGCCGGAGUGGAUGACCUCAACCCCACGGUUGAUCCACCCCAAUUUUCUGAUGAUCUGGAUCCCAUGAUUUUAGCAGUGUUGCGUUCGCAUGAAGCAGUUUUUCGCACCCCUACGGGUGUGCCACCGCCUCGUCCCUUAGAUCACCGCAUUCAUUUGCUGCCAAACUCCAAACCGGUCAAUGUGCGUCCUUAUAGAUAUCCCUACUUCCAGAAGAAUGAAAUUGAGAAGCAAGUUAAGGAGAUGUUAGCCUCGGGGGUUAUACGGCCGAGUCAUAGUUCGUUCUCCUCGCCAGUGUUACUCAUCCGAAAAAAGGAUGGAUCCUUUCGGUUCUGCAUUGACUACAGGGCCUUGAAUACAAUCACGGUGCCGGAUCACUUCCCUAUCCCGACUUCGGAUGAACUGUUUGAUGAGUUGGGAGCAGCCCGUUUUUUCACCAAGCUGGACCUACGCUCCGGGUACCAUCAGAUUCGGAUGCAUGCGGAUGACGUUUUCAAAACAGCCUUUCGAACUCACGAUGGCCAUUUUGAGUUCUUGGUCAUGCCGUUUGGCUUAACUAACGCCCCUUCGACGUUCCAAUCUGCCAUGAACACUAUCUUUCGGCCGUUGCUCCGACUCUUUGUUAUCGUCUUUUUUGACGAUAUUCUGGUCUACAGCCCCACCUUGGAGUCCCAUGUUCGCCAUUUACACGAGGUACUCAUGAUUUUGAAGGCUAACUUUUUUUUGGUUAAAUUGUCCAAGUGUACUUUUUGCAGCACGAAGGUAGAGUACUUGGGACAUCUGAUAUCCGCGGGCCAGCUGAAAGCCGACCCAGAGAAAAUCGCGGCUAUGGUUGCGUGGCCUGCCCCGUCGUCCGUCAAACAAUUACGCGGAUUUUUGGGCCUCACAGGAUAUUAUAGGCGUUUUGUGGCAAACUAUGCUACAAUUGCAGGGCCACUGACCGAGCUCCUUAAGAAGGACGCUUUUACUUGGUCUGCCGCUGCAGAUGACAGUUUUCAGGCGCUUAAGACCGCGAUGACGUCAGCACCGGUGCUCAGAUUGCCGGAUUUUUCUAAGGUAUUUUGUAUAGAGACGGAUGCUUCAGAUUUUGGUGUAGGUGCGGUGCUCCUUCAAGAGGGUCACCCGCUGGCGAGUGUCGUCGACGUACCAUUAGGAGCUGUAUGCGAUAGUGGAGGCAGUGCAGAAAUGGCGCUAGUACUUGCUUGGGCGAGAAUUCGUGAUUCGAAGUGA